AUGGGUGGUUCACGUGUUCGUUCGUUUAUCUCGACAUUUGGAGGUCCCAAAAAUAAUGCCUCCGGAAAGCUGAGCCGCAAAUCCUCUUCUAACGAUGCCCCCGUUGAAACCCCACCACGGUGGCAGACACCUUCGCCUGAUACCCCAACUCUACCCUCGGAGUUCUCUCCAGCAGGGGGCUUAACUCCAAGGGGUGACGAGAUUGGAUCGCGACCUGCUUCGAUGAUCUUCUCAAAUAACCCUCCACUAAUGACCCAGACGGAUGGUACCCCACCGGAGCUAUCGCCGAUCUUUUCCUUCCUCAAUAUUCACACCAACAAAGUAUACCACGAAGGCUAUUUUUUAAAGCUUAAUGAUCAGGAUAACCAUGGGCGACCGUGUGUUGAUCGGCAAUGGAUAGAAUGUUAUGCUCAACUCGUGGGGACAGUUCUUUCACUAUGGGAUGCCACUGCGCUGGACGGAGCUGGCGGAAAUGAGGUCCCGGCGACCUUUAUUAAUGUCGCGGAUGCGUCGAUCAAGAUGAUUGAAACAUUGCCGAUCAGAAAUGGCGCGGCAGUACCGCUAAACAAUGUCCUCAGUAUAUCUUCUGCGGGAAAAAACCGAUACCUACUUCAUUUCCGCUCGUUCCAUUCCAUGUGCGAGUGGACUGCAGCAGUUCGCCUUGCCAUGUACGAGCACACCUCCCUAUACGAAGCAUACACCGGCUCUCUCAUCGCGGCCAAAGGAAAACAUCUCAAUGGAAUUCAAGCAAUCCUGGCCCCUGCCAAAUUCCGACAUGAAGACUGGGCGCGAGUGCGGUUUGGUGCAGGAACUCCGUGGAGACGAUGCUGGUUUGUGAUCAACCCACCGGAUGAAAGGGAGAUAGCAAAGGCUCGGAAGGCAUUGAAGAAGUCAGCAUACGACCGUUUGUCCAUCCCUGUCACAGGUAAUAUUCAGUUUUUCGAAACCAAAAAGACCAAAAAGGCCGUUCCAAUCGCGACAAUGACACAUGUCUAUUCGGCUUAUGCGAUCUAUCCACAGUCGAAGGCCUUGAUUGACCAAUCUAGCUUGGUGAAAUUGGAAGGCCGAAUCACAUUACAUACGCAAAACCAAAACACUACGGAGGGCUUUGUGUAUGUCAUGCCAGAGCUUCAUGCGGCAGUUUCUGGGUUUGAAAUGAUGUUGCGAUUCCUGUUCCCGACAUUUGAUACCUUUAACCUAUAUGGCCGCCCGACUCGGCUUGUAGCCGAUACCAAUCAUAUCAAAAGCAUCAUGUUCGCUUUCCCCCAGGAACGCCGAUUUGGAUACUUGGAUCUUAUGGACAUUACUACCCUCCUUCAAACGCCCGGCAGCCAGGGGUGGAGUGAAGCCGAGUGGAGGCGGCAACUGAAAGAGGCGACCCAAAAGCGAGUUUCCACUGGUCGGAGCAGAACCAACAGCGUCAACAGCGCUCAGCCACGAUACCGUUCCAGUGUCUCUAUUAAUCACUCCACGCCGACUGGAUCCCCCCGGCGGCCUUUCCCGGCGGAGGGCAAGAUUGAGCUUAACAGGUCUACAGAAGCGGUGAUUCGCGAAGUUCCUAGAGCCGAACCUCCUCCCUAUCAUAAUCGCGGAAUGUCAGACAUCACGGGCAUGCAGACAGGGCCUAGGCCUGGCUAUCCAUCCCUCGAAGAAAGCUCACCUGACUCAUCCUCCCAGGAUCUGGUGCAACGUAGCAGACAAGCCGCUCUGGCAGGUCCUAUAAUAGAACAAUACGGCCCUGCAAUGGAACGCCACCCUGCCCUGGUCAACGAUGAGCAGCUUCCACCGCGGACGCCACCGUCUCCUGUCGCAAGCCCUCCAGCCUUUUCACACGGCCCUCGAGAGAUGCCGCCUAAUCGCCCAUAUGCCACUACAGCGCAGCGACUGGCCAAUAAUCGCAUGUCGAAUGCGACUUUGACACAGCUUACAUCUGUUGGCCAAACGGGCGGAAACGUGCUCGCUGCACAGGACUACCCAUCCCCGGCCAGUGAUCAACAACCUCGGAACCAGAACUCCGAGACGCCGACUCUCACCCCGGCUGUGCAGUUUGUAGAACCUACAAGCUCGCCGAGCCCACAGCUAUCCCAACACUCUAACGACGAAGCGAUCCGUCUUGCUUUUGCGAUGCGAGCUUCGCUGAAUACCGAAGAUCGGCCUACGACCUCCAGCUCUACGAAGUCCUCGCCGCAACAAAGAAUUCAAAUUGACUCAUCCAAGUCGCUGAAACGGAAGCCACUUCCUCAAAGACAGAUCUUUAGUGGAGAGGCCAUGUCUCCCGAGGAGCCCAGUUUCGAUGAUCUUCGUCACACCCUGGACGAAGAUGCGCUCAAUCGCAUUGCUCCUCCCGUAGCAUCUCCAGAGUCACCGAAUAAAACUCGGGAAUUAGAAGAAGAAAGCAUUUAUGACGAUGCUGCUUCUACUGUCUCGCCUGAUUAUGCAAGCACGCAUGACUCGAUCUAUAGCAAGAAGUCCCAAAAGUCAACCAAGCCGCGAAUGGGUGUCAUGAAGACUGUGGGAGAACCUGCUCCACGCGAUUUCGUUAUUGGCGAUGCUCGUUAUUCGACCAACAAACCUAAAGAAGCCAACCCGGACAUUCCUUCUGUUGAUUUUGGACCUACGUUGACUUAUAUGCCCACCACUGGACGCCCGAGUACGGGCGAUGCUUUACGCAGGCCAUCUCACCACAGAACCAACACGGAAGCUGAAAGAUACAGGCUUUCUGUACCGACUAACGCUAUGGAGAUUGGACAUAACCGAACCCCCAGCCAGGAGGAACACAGACGGAACCUGCCAUGGCAGCCUGGAAUGGCUUCCAACCGUCCUACCACCCCUGGCGGAGGUCUGACCGCGGAGCAGUAUGUCCAGCAUCGCGCUGCACCUAGUCCCCCAGUGCACAUGCACAACCGAUCUUCGUCUAAUAAUACCCCGCCGCCACCACAGCGUCCAGUAUCAGGAGAUUGGACCCAACAUGCCCGUCCUAAUUCCCGUAUGAACAACCGGGACCCUAACUACCGACCCUCUUCACGGGGCACCAGCCCCAUGCUCAACUACGACAUUUCAAAUCAUCUCUCCGCCAAGGAACAGGAGCAGGUUGCACGAGCUACUGGGUCCCCAUUUUUCAAUAUGUCACAAGACACCCGUCGGCCACCGGCCUCCGUCAACCCCGGAGGUUUGGUCUCCACUAUUGACAUGCGUGAACGAGAGAGGCGUGAGAUACGAGAUGGAAGGUCGAGCCAGAUGGUCCAGAAUGCAAUCAGCCAACGCCAGCAACACAUGAUGCACCAGCAGGCUGAUAACCGUUUCUAUGGCUCGGCGCAGCUUCCUCAGCCCCAGCCUCAACCCCAGCCUCAGCCGCAUUUCCGGUCAGGUCCCAUGUACAACAUGGCUGGUGCGAACCGCACCUGGGAUUCUGUUCAUCAAGGGAAUGCAAUCCAUGCGCCCGAGGAACCUCGCCGUCAAUCCUGGUAUGGUCAGUUGAACCAGGCGCCCCAUAUUCCGCCUAACUACCAACAAAGCCAAGCCUACACCCAGCCCGGCUUGUAUCCCAGCAACCCCAACGCCAUGCAUCACUAG